AUGGCACACACAACAAUCACUCACUGCCUCUUUGCCUGCGAGAACAUGGGAUAGGCAAAAAUAGGCAACUCUGUAUAACCCUAGAGGCAAUGAAACACGUGGAUCUAUUCUCUUCAGAAUGCUUGAAGAACUUCAUGGUGUACCACCACCCUCACACCCUGUAGAUCCCGCGCCUGGGCAAGAGAAUGUGCCAGUUUUGCGCAAAGUAAAGAAUUCAAUGCAGUUUUCUUGGUCUAGCUGAUAGUAAUUAUGCCAAAUUAAAUUGGUCGAGGAAACGAUGCAGUUGGAGAACUUUGGGGAGAUUUUCCAAGAGGAUAAAAAUCGUGAGUUGGAAAAGAUUGGAUAAGUUGUGUCCAUAUCCACUGUAGGAAUUUGGACAUGGAGAGCGACACCUGUCAUCACAGACUGAACGUGGAGCAGAAUGUAAGUCCGGCCAUCAGUGCCAUGAUGUUCGCCGCUGGAGUGCUCGGGAACGUGGUCGCGUUGAUUCUCCUGGAGUUCCGCCGGAGGAAAGAGAGGAACCGACAGCGCCAGUCUUUGUUCCAUUUGUUGGUGACCACAUUGGUCGUUACGGAUCUAAUGGGGACCUGCUUGAUCAGCCCCUUGGUCCAAGUCGCGUAUCUAAAGAACACCACUUUAGUCGGAAUGAGUGAGACGCUCGCGGUUUGCGAAUAUUUCGGAUUUGCUAUGACUUUCUUCAGUGUAUCGACACUUUUCAUCCUGCUCACCAUGGCGCUGGAGAGGUGUCUCUCCAUCGGGUACCCUUACCACUACGGACGACAUGUCACCAAGCGCCGUGGAUACAUCACCAUCCCUUGCAUAUAUUUACUCUGCUUUCUCUUCUGCUUGAUGCCUUUCGCUGGCUUUGGGGAAUAUGUGCAAUACUGUCCCGGGACGUGGUGUUUUAUUGCCAUGAAUCCCAAGGGGAAGGAGGACCAGGCUUAUGCCAAUGUUUAUGCUACUGUGAUGCUUCUUAUUAUCAUAGUUAUAGUGGCAUGCAAUUGUUUUGUAGUUUAUCACCUGGUGUUGAUGAACCGGAGGCGCAAACAGAACCGAGGGUCUGUGCACACCCGGAGUAAAAGGGACAGGAGGUACUUCUCAUGGGCAGAGGAGGUGGAACAUCUCAUUCUCCUGGUCUUCAUGACAGUCAUAUUUGUCAUAUGCUCACUGCCUUUAAUGAUCCGUGUGUACAUUAACUCCACGGGCAAGCCUAGAGGGGGCCACAAGACUGACCUUAUAGCACUGCGCUUCCUCUCUGUCAACUCCAUCAUCGACCCUUGGGUGUUCAUCAUCCUCAGCCCGUCGGUGAUGCGCUUCCUUUGGGGGGCGCUGUGUAAGACCACCUUCCUGCCCUCCAGGAAUUCUUUGUUUCAAACUUCCAUUGCCAAGAACCCACCUGGGCAAGUUGAGCUAUACCAGCCCAGCUCCAUCUCAGUGGAGACCACUCAUCUCAACAAGUCUGUUCAGAUGAUUUGACAUGAUGAGGACAUUAUGGAUUCCAGUGUGGUUGGAGAAUACAGUAUUCUGGACUGAAUGGGUCCAUCUAAGAAUGGAUAUACAGAGGAAGCAAGAGGUUUUGAUGAAGUUCUUUGAAAGACUUCCAAAGUCCUGAAUUUUCCCUUGGGGAUCAAUGAAACAUCUCAAUCACUCUCAUCUCUCUCUCUCUGACUGUCUGUCUGUUGUUCUGUCUGACUAUCUAUCUGGUUCUUUUUCUUACUGUAAUGUCCGUAUAACCAUCAAAUAUCAAACUUUUAAAAGUAGUUUAAACUUUCAGAUGAUGUGUCAAGCCAUCAUCAAAUUUUGUCGUAAUAUGUUGGCUUGACUUCUACAUACAUGGUUUAGGGUUGUUACAAAAUCACAAAAAGACCACAAUUAUCAACUGUAAAUCAUCCUAGAACUUUCCAGCUACGUCCACCAAACGCAGCACAGACACUCAAGACCCCUAUGUACUUCAUAUGAAAUCGAAGAACUAAUGGAAGUGACGUUUCAAACAAAAACGGCCACAUAUCUAAUGUGCCCAAAAUAAGAUAUGCCACUAUCACGAUUCUUUUGUCUGUAUUCUGCCCAUUAACACACUUUUAUACACAUAUCUUUGCAGUAGUAUUAGUGUCAUCAUAAAUUACAAUAACAGAGUGUAACCGGUGCAUACUAUGGUCAUGUACACCAUGUUAGCGCAGUAUCGCCAUGAAUGCAGAAUGUAAACAUGACAAAUUACACAUUAUCUACUGCAUAUAUAUUACUUUAAAUUAUCAUUGAGUGGUUAAUCCAGCAUCUUUUACUGAUCUUAUGUGAAUUCUACUCAUAGAAUGAGGCAUGAAGUCACUGAUUACACAAUUUUAUGUCACAUUAGGUGAUAUAGGUGUUUUACAUGUACUCUUUUCUUUUUUCUUCCCUUUUUCUCCCAAUUUGGAAUGCCCAAUUCCCACUUAGUAGGUCCUCGUGGUGGCACAGUUACUCACCUCAAUCCGGUUGGCAGAGGACAAGUCUCAGUUGCCUCCGCUUCUGAAACAGUCAAUCCAUGCAUCUUAUCGCGUGGCUCGCUAUGGAUGACACCGCAGAGAAUCACAGCAUGGGAGGCUCAUGCUACUUUCCACAAUCCAUGCACAAUUUACCACGUGCCCCAUUGAGAGUGAGAACCCCUAAUCGCUACCACAAGGAGGUUACCCCAUGUGACUCUACCCUCCCUAGCAACUGGGCCAAUUUGGUUACUUGGGAGACCUGGCUGGAGUUACUCAGCACGCUCUGGAUUCAAACUCACGACUCAAGGGGUGGUAGUCAGCACUCACUGAGCUACCCAGGCCCCCUACAUGUACUCUUAUGUGUCCUCAUGUUUAAAUGCCCUUCUAAUCUCCUCCUCCACCUGUGUGGCCGGUGUAUGAAUGUUUACAAACAACAAACUGUUGUUGAACUGUCAAACUUCUUUUUGACUUGAAGAAGAACUUCGCCGUUAAUAUACCAGGGCCUUUAGACUGCUCUGACAUAGGCCAGGUCCACAAUAAUACAUUUUUGUCUGAAAAUACAUUGAUUUCACUAGGUUUCCGCUUCAUCCACACUACAACAGCGUUUUCCUCCUCUGAAAAAGGAAAACACUCUCGAUUACCGCAUGCUUUGGAAAACUAUAUAUUUUCUAACUGAUUGGAAUUACGGAAUUCACACAGUGGGUGAUCUGUCUAUCUGUCUGUCCAUCCGUCCAUCCGUCUAUCCAUCCAUCCAUCCAUCCAAAAACAUCUUAACUGAUUUGUGGUGUCCAAGGGGAAUUUGUGUUUUUUUGCUGAUGUAAAAACAAAUAUAGAAACCCCCUGAGGUUGUUUGACUGGGAGAGUGAGAUAAACCCAACUGUGAGGUCAAAGGGAUUUGGCUUGUUCCCUCAACUGCUGCAAUAAUUGUUUGGAAAUUGAGGGCAUUGUCAACAAUUUUUCAAGGCAUGUUUCAGUGGUGCAUGUUGUGCAUGGAGCAUUUCAAAGAGGAUAUUCUGUGCUAGACUGUCAGAUACUCAGUAAAACAAGACAAGCCAUUUUCUCUACAGAAACUGACCUUAAGCAGUCAUUCCAUGAUUAUUGCACAUUCAAGUUUCCACUUUAUGGGGGUUCUGCUUUCCUGGUCAUUGGUUACAUUGCAUGUUCUCCCAUGCAGUCUGUGACUUUUUAUUUUUUUAUUAUCAACUUAAUCACGUGGCGUGGUUUCCUACAUUUCAAGAUGAGCAGUUCCUCAAAUGUCAGUGUUCAGGAAUACAAACUUGUAGAAGUUUCAACUUGUAUUUAUUAUAUCUACAUAUUUAUUGUGCUUUAAUUUAUGAUGAUGCAACAGCAAGUCAAAGACAUAAUUGUGUCUUAGUGUAUGUAGGUUGUCAGAAUGCAAAGGGAGAUUCUGAUUGUAAAUAAUUGUAAAGUUUUUGCUUGCAUACGCACUACAAUGUGGUGGCGAUCGGUAGGUGCAAACAAAUGAUUUAAAAGAACUGUUCUUUGUGUCUUAAGUUUUUAUGUGCCUUUGAAUGUCUUAAAUGUACUUGUGAAAUAUUAUGAUGCUUGUGCUAUGUCUAUGCAUGUUGAAGUGUUGUAAAUUGUCAAGCCUGUUCUUAAACGCUCAUCAUGUCAUAGCCAUCUAGAUACACAGUGAAAAGGAGAAAAUUAGGGUGUUUCUCUACGAAAACAAAAAAGAAAGAAAAAGAAACAGAACAUGCUAACUCCCCCUAAGGCCAUAAACAUACUCUACCCAAGUACGCAGGCGUAGAUGCUUGGCCAAAACACUGCAAAAGCAAAGUACUUUACUUUGUUAGUCGGUAGCAAAGUUUAGUAAUCAAGGGUCCAAUAGAGAUACUUCAAAUGUCUUUGCUAAUUUCAUAAGUUCACAAACUGACACAUUUCAGAAUGCAACUGUAUAUGAAAUCAAACUUGUGCAGCUAGUGGUGUUUGCGUUCAGGUUCUUGUAUAGAGUAUGUUUCGAGAUUUAAGAUGCUUUCACACUAGAGAAAGCUGUGACGAAAUGUUUGAUGGAUAGGAAUGCAUUUCAUGCAUUAUGGGGGAGGGGGAGCCAGGUCAGUUUGAAAUCUAAUGGGAAUACUUUGAUUUCUGAAAGCAAAUCUGGUCACCUUCAGAGUGGGUUGCAGCAAAACAGAAUUUUUUCUCAACAUUUGGUCACUUUUGUCAAUGCUUUUGUUUUUCCUGUUCUUCUUUUGCAACACACUGCAUUGAUGUAGCACUAAAGGAAUUGUAUAAAUUAGCGGGAAACAUUUUUUUGCACCCCACAAUUCCCCAUCUUGCAGGCAGGUUGUGGAGAAUGCAACAGAUUACCAUGAUCUGGAAUACUUAACUGAGAUUGUACAGCAUUGUGUAACGGUAGCCAGCUAGUACGUGAUAGCUGUGCAGUGUGUAAACCUCUCUCUCCUGGCCUUAAGAGAUGCACUACAUUUACAUUUACAUUUAUGCAUUUGGCAGACGCUUUUAUCCAAAGCGACUUACAGUGCAAUUAUUACAGUCAAUCCCCCCGGAGCAACCUGGAGUUAAGUGUCUUGCUCAAGGACACAAUGGUGGUGGCUGUGGGGUUAGAAUCUGCGACCUUCUGAUUAACAGCCCUGUGCUUUAGCCACUACACCACCGCCACUACGCCACCACUGCACUAAUGACCGAGGCUAGAGGCCAUAACUCAUGGCACCAAGGAUCGCUGGUUUGAAUCACUUAUCAGGCAGGUCGAGUAGGACUGGUGCCAAUUGCACCACCACUGUGAUCCAGGAACCUGAACCGGCUCUUUAAAAUGCCAAAAGUGAACUUGACUAAACUAGAAGAUUUACGCAAUUCUUUCAUAAAAAUUUAUUUAAUGUCUGCAGUAUUAGUGCAAUGUUAAUGACUCCGGACGCCGAGAGGGUCCCCACCCCAGUAGGAAAGCUAUGCAAAAACCACUUGAGGUGACAUGUUGUUCUGGUACAAGUGCAAACAUGCCAUUUUCAGCGUGUGGUUCACGUUAGAAGCUGCUGGGUUCCGGUCAGUAGGACUUUGGGUUUGUAAUUUAUGAAAAAAGAUAUAGGCCUUGUUUCACUCAUAUGCUCAGAUAUGCAUGAACAGAUGAGUUAGGGGCCGUUCACCCCAAAAAUGUUAUUGUGUGCGUCUGCUCUGUUUUUUCAUUGUUUUCCUAUGUAAACGCGCAAGACUAACGUCCUUGACUGCUGUACCGUGUCUCAGUGUUUCUUCAGUGUGUUAUGCAGUGACUGGCACAUUUUUAUACACUGUUUCAAGUUAAUAAGAACUUCAAAUACAUAUAUUGAGGCACCAGCGUUCUGUUUCUAGACUACAUCUAGACUAUUUUUAGUGCAGGUGUGAUAAAGAUUUAACAUUUUGAACAAGCAUGUUCAACAAGUUUCAGCACUUGAUAAAUGGCCAUGUUUUUUCCCUUUCUGCUCUAGUGUGCUGAGGGGCACACUAUUGUACGUGCCUUGUACGUUUACUGUUACUGUUAUGUAUGCCUAUGAUGCUUACUUAAAGUACAGCCUUUUGCAACAUGGUGAACAAUAUAUUGUAGCAUCAGAAUAUAAGCUCCAGGUGAAAGUAAAUAAGACAGGAAUAUAUUUUACUAUUGUAUACAACAAAUCCUCAAAGUAAUAAUAAUAAUACUGUAUCAUAUUAUAAUGACAAACUGGAUAACAAUAAAUUGAUGAAUUAUAAUAGGAAUAAAUUCCAACUAAAUUCCUGGUUGUUAAAUGUUACUGGUUGAAGUAGUAGGUUUUGCACACCCUGUUCACAAAAAUAUAUAUAUUUGUACAAAUAUA